AUGGCUGACCCAAGCCCCGGCGGUUACGAGAGUAGCAAGAUUCAAGACACUAGCAGUCUUCCUGGCAUAUUACGCCUCACGCCCGAGAUACGUCACCGCGUCUAUGUCCACUUAGGUCUGGCUUACGUGCUCUACAAUGGCACACCACGGCCCGGCGUCUACGAUCUCAGCAACUGGUUUAGCUUCGCCAAGGUGGCCAGGGGUGGGGACACGGAGCCCGGGUUCAAAACCUUCCACGGCCUGCUCCUGUCCUGCCGCACUCUCUACGCCGAGGCCUCUGCGCUUUUCUAUUCCUCAAACCGCUUCAUCGUCCGCUAUGUCUCGCCGUACUGCGCCCUCCCCCGCUACGAGCCGCCACGCCCUUCCCUCGCACCCUUACAGGCUCUUACACCGCACGCGCUGCGGCAUCUGACCCAUCUCAAGGUCGUACUCAACCAGGCCUCAUGUCAUGCCAGCUCUCCGGGCGCCGACGGCCGCGGCUUUUGUUGCGAGAACGUGUUUUCUGUUGGCGAGUGUCCCAGUACUGGAAGGUUCCCCGUGGACAAGUGCGAGCAUGACUUACCGUUGGACCACGAGCCCAACGCGAGCAGGAAUUUCAUCAAUAGGUUGAUGGAGGAGUGGCAUGCUACCGCUGCGCGCUUGGCGGCGAACACCACCCCAGGUCGGCUCGAGUUGGCACUGGUCUGUGAUGUGCGCUCUGGGGCCGUGGAUAUGGCGAAGCGUGUGCUGGAUGGUCUGUUGUCAUUCCCCGCUUUGAAGGACUGUCAUAUCCGGUUGUGUCGUGAUCCAGACCCGGCGCUCCAAACUUUGGCUCAGGAAGCUGUCAUACAGGCCCGACGGCUCACACCACCGGCUCUCCCACCACCAGCCCGCCCCGCUUGUUCCAAUUCCUCGUCUUCGUCCUCUCAGCUAAACCACACCCGUCCUAACCUCCUUACCCUCCCCCCCGAGAUACGCGUCCACAUCUUCCAGUACACCGAUCUCGUCACUCCCUUCUGCGAGCUAAACUGGGGCCGCAAGGCCCGGAGGUUCUACUCUCAAAGAGAAACAUGCUUUGCCCUCCAGGACGAGAAAUGCCCGCCUGAACUCCACCAUGGCUGUCAGUUCCUGCAGUGUGCCCAGGUGCCUGCCCCAGAUCAGACCAUCGGCUGCUUUUGCCGUUACAGGCACACCGCAGCCUCCUCUACGUGCCGAUGUUGGGACGGCACCAAGGCGACGGCGUUGAUGUUUGUGUGCCGCACCCUUCUUCCCGACGCCCUCCGCGUCGGGUACGGCCACAACCGCAUCGUGGUUCUGGACCACGAUGAGCAUGUUUGGCCCUCCUGGCCCUGGCCCCCGGGCGACUACCCACACCAACGGUUUGCGAUCAGCGAGUUCCUGCGCGACGCACUGCCGCCGUAUUGUCGGCAGUAUAUUCGAUUCUUGGAAGUGGUGUUUGCACCGAUCACGGGCGACAGUCGACCGCGCGACGGACACCCGGCGCUAACGGACUGGGAAGAGACGAUCAAGUGGAUAAAACAGAAUUUAAAUGUGGCUGGGCUGACGUUCCGUGUGGCCACGACGAGGACUCGUUGGGACCAGGGGCAAUAUGACUCUGUGACAACGCCGGAGCAGUUUUGGGAGGUGGUGGAAAUGUGUAGAACCCUUCUGACUCCUAUACAGGCGCUCGUUAGUGCCACUCCCAGCACCUCCACCAGUGACACGAAUCAGGUUCUGGCGGGGUUUUAUGCCAAUAUCGCCUUCCCAACAGUCACAGACACUCGUCAGGUACACAACUGGGGAUGGCACAAAGAUCAGGACCAAAUGUUUAAAAGGCGAGCGGAACAGUUUGUAAUGGGGGAGCGAUAUCGUGAUGAUGCUACGUUCACAGAACCCCGUGAUAGCGCUUGGGCAUAUUUGUCGGAUAGAACCCACAACCGGUAG